AUGGCCGCCAGAGGGGACCUUCGACCUCCCCACCAUCCACCGGAGCCAAAACCCAUACUUGCCUUACAGGAAACGGAGAAGGUAAAGGAGAAGAAGAACCUCACCCUGCCUUCAGCACCCCUCUACCCUGUCUUGCAGGGGGGAACUGAAGAGGAAUUAAUCUUUCCUCCACCUGACCUGUACAACUGGAAGGCUCAGAAUCCUAAGUUCUCUGAGAAGCCGGCAGGACUUAUCGAUUUGUUAGAUUCUGUCCUAUUCACCCAUCAGCCGAUAUGGGACGACUGUCAACAGCUUUUGCAGGUCCUAUUCACCACAGAGGAGAGGGAGAGGAUCCUCAACGAAGCCCGGAAAUUAGUUCCGGGCGUGGAUGGAAAUCCCACCACCAACGCAGCCCUAAUAGAUGCUUCCUUUCCCCUGACUAGGCCUGAAUGGGAUUUCAACACGGCAGAAGGUAAGGAGAGGCUCCGGGUCUACCGCCAGACUCUAAUGGGGGGUCUCCGCAUGGCUGCUAGGAAGCCAACUAAUCUGGCCAAGGUAGGGAAUGUUCAGCAGGAAAGGGAUGAGUCCCCGGCUGCCUUUCUGGAGCGGAUCAUGGAGGCAUUCCGUACCUACACCCCCAUGGAUCCAGAAGCUCCCAAUAACAGGGCGGCUGUGGUCAUGGCCUUUGUAAACCAAUCAGCCACAGAUAUUAGAAGGAAACUGCAGAAGGUAGAUAGGUUAGGGGAGAAGAGUUUAAAGGACCUGCUGGAAGUAGCCGAGAAGGUGUACAAUAACAGAGAGCCCCCGGAAGAAAGGCAGGCUCGUGCUUCGGCGGCUGCUAGCAGCAAACAAACCCGAGACCUAGCUAAGAUCCUGCUCGCCACCACCGCGGACUCUCCCGAGGAACGGAACCGCCGUCUCCGCCGACUCGCCGGCAGCCAGGAAGACGGUAAGGGGACCACCCGGGGCGGGAGGCGGAAGCUGCAGAAAGAUCAGUGUGCUUACUGUAGGGAGAUAGGGCACUGGAAACAAGAGUGCCCAAAGAAAACCAGCAAAAAGGGUGGUGGAGCGGAUCGAGUAAAGGUUCUGGAGCUGGAUGAACUGAGUGAUUAGGGGAGUCGGGGUUCGGACCCCCUCCCCGAACCCAGGGUAACCCUUAGAGUGGAGGGGACCCCCAUUGACUUCCUUGUCGACACCGGAGCACAACACUCAGUCCUCCGUACGCCUCAAGGAAAAUUAGCAAAUAAGAAGUCUUGGGUGCAAGGGGCAACUGGUAUGAGCCAGUAUUCAUGGACUACCCGAAGAACGGUGGAUUUAGGGACGGGACGGGUAUCCCACUCUUUUAUGGUAAUUCCGGAAUGCCCCUACCCCCUGUUAGGACGAGACCUACUCACUAAGAUCGGAGCCCAGAUAACUUUCAGACAAGGGGGGCCUCAGGUUACUGAUGGCAAGGGCCACCCUAUUCAGGUCCUGACCAUGAGGCUGGAGGAUGAGUACCGGCUUCACCAAAAAGCCUCUCCAGUAGAGGACAGCAUGGACGAAUGGCUGCAGGAGUUCCCCAUGGCUUGGGCAGAGACAGGGGGAGUGGGGCUCGCCGCCCACAGGGCCCCAGUCCUGGUAGAAUUAAAACCAGGGCAAGGCCCGGUAAGAGUCAAACAGUACCCCAUGCCCCAGGAGGCCCGGAAGGGAAUUCAGCCACACGUUCGGAGACUGAGGGGCCUAGGGGUGCUGGUCCCCUGCCAGUCUGCCUGGAACACCCCCCUCCUGCCAGUCAAGAAGCCUCACACGAAUGAUUACCGGCCAGUACAGGACCUCCGGGAAGUAAAUAAAAGAGUUAUGGACAUACACCCAACAGUCCCCAACCCAUACACUCUCUUAAGCUCUCUGGCGCCCUCCCGUGUCUGGUAUACUGUGUUAGAUUUGAAGGAUGCCUUUUUCAGUUUGCCGCUGGCACCCCGCAGUCAACCCCUGUUUGCCUUUGAGUGGCAUGAUCCGGAAGAGGGCUACAGUGGGCAACUGACGUGGACCCGGUUGCCUCAGGGAUUCAAGAACUCGCCCACUAUCUUCGACGAGGCUCUAAACGAGGACCUGGGUGAGUACCGGAGAACACACCCCUUCCUCACUCUCCUUCAGUAUGUGGAUGAUAUCCUGAUUGCAGCAGACACGGCUGAAGACUGCAAGCAGGGGACAAGGGACCUGCUGGCCUCCUUGGGGGCCCUUGGGUACCGGGCUUCUGCGAAGAAGGCCCAGAUAUGCAAAGAAAGGGUGAGUUACCUGGGAUACAUCCUGGAGGGUGGACAGCGGCGGCUGUCAGAUGCCAGAAAAGAAACUGUUUUGAAAAUCCCAACCCCCACCUCCCGAAGGGAAGUGAGGGAAUUCCUAGGGUCGGCUGGCUACUGCCGCCUCUGGAUACUGGGUUUCGCGGAGAUAGCCAGGCCCCUAUAUGAGGCAACCAAGGAGGGAAAGGCAUUUGAAUGGACUGAGAGAGAAAAGACAGCCUUUGAGCAGUUAAAGAAAGCCCUCCUAAGUGCCCCGGCCCUGGGCCUGCCAGAUAUCACGAAGCCAUUCCACCUCUUCGUAGAUGAACACAAAGGAAUAGCGAAAGGGGUCCUGACUCAAACCCUAGGCCCCUGGAGCCGCCCAGUGGCUUAUUUAUCCAAAAAGUUAGACCCUGUAGCUGCCGGAUGGCCACCGUGCCUACGGAUUAUUGCGGCAACGGCGCUUUUAGUCAAAGACGCUGACAAGCUGACUCUGGGGCAGGAAGUCUGGAUCACCACCCCACAUGCCAUUGAGGGAGUCCUGAGGCAACCUCCUGACAGAUGGAUGAGCAACGCACGUAUAACACACUACCAGAGUCUCCUUCUCAACCCUCCCAGAGUACGGUUUCUUCCCAGUGCGGCUCUCAACCCUGCCACCUUGCUGCCCGACCCCGACCUAGAUGCUCCCCUACAUGACUGUGCAGGAAUCCUGGAACAAGUGCAUGGGAUCCGGAAGGACCUGACCGACCAGCCCCUUCCAGAUGCAGACGUCACCUGGUUCACGGACGGAAGCAGUUUCGUACGGGACGGAAGCAGGUAUGCGGGUGCAGCUGUAGUCACUGAAACGGAUACUGUAUGGGCAGAGGCCCUGCCCUCCGGGACGUCAGCCCAGAGAGCAGAGCUUGUGGCCCUCACCAAGGCCCUGACACUGGGAGUUGGCAGGCGGCUCAACAUCUACACAGACAGCCGUUAUGCGUUCGCCACCGCUCAUGUUCAUGGGGCAAUCUACCAAGAGAGAGGGUUACUGACAGCAGAGGGGCGGACUAUAAAAAAUAAACAGGAGAUACUUGACUUGCUCUCGGCCUUAUGGCUCCCUGCCAAGUUGGCCAUCAUACACUGUCAAGGGCACCAGAAGGCCGACGACCCGGUGGCAAGAGGAAACCGCAGGGCUGACCAGGUGGCCAAGGCAGUAGCCUUUUCUCCGAUCCCCACCAUGGCCCUACAGCUCCCAGACCCAGGGGACCCAGUUUUGCCAGUUCAGCCAGGAUAUUCCCUGGAGGAGUUACAGCGCAUUAGGAAGCUUCCCCAAGCAAAAGAGGAGAAGGGGUGGUGGUAUACACCGCAAGGGGAGCUCAUACUGCCGGACCAGCUUGGAGUGUCCAUGAUAAAGCACAUGCACCGGUCCACUCACCUGGGGGCACGCAAAUUAAAGGACUUAAUCCGACACGCCAGAAUUAAGAUCCACCAACAGGACAUCAAAAUAGAACAGGUCGUAUCUGCCUGCAAAACCUGUCAACUCACAAAUGCAAGAACCGGGCCGAGUGAAAAAGGAGCUCGGCUCAGAGGAACCAAGCCCGGAGCACAAUGGGAGGUCGACUUCACUGAGGUUAAACCAGGAAAGUAUGGCUAUAAAUAUUUAUUAGUAUUUGUAGAUACCUUCUCUGGAUGGGUAGAAGCAUACCCAACUAAGCAUGAAACAGCUCAGACGGUGGCCAAGAAGCUGCUGGAAGACAUCUUGCCCAGGAACUCCCCCUACACUCUGGGUUUUACCCCUUAUGAGAUCAUGUUCGGCCGGCCACCCCCUAUUAUCCCCAACCUUAAAGCUGACUCUCUUGCAGAAUUUGAAAGUCAAGAACUGUUUCUUUCCUUGAGAGGGCUCCAGAAGGCGCACGAGGACAUUUGGCCGCGCCUCCGCGCUAUCUACGAGACUGGCCCAACCCCGACUCCUCACCAGCAUAAGCCGGGGGACUGGGUAUACGUCAAGAGACACCGCCGGGAGACCCUUGAGCCACGUUGGAAGGGUCCUUACGUCGUGGUGCUGACGACCCCCACCGCUCUCAAAGUGGACGGCGUCGCCACCUGGGUCCAUCACACCCACGUUCGGCCAGCAGACCCCUCGGCGAUCCGUGAAGACUUCAUCGCCCAGUGGAGCGUUAGUCGAGACCAAUGCAACCCGCUCAAGCUCAAGCUGAGGCGUUCUCAACCUGCCUGA